CCCGGCUUCUGAGGCCCAAUAUGCAACUUUCGCGCGCUUUUGAUAUCGUUUUCCCCUCUUCCCAAUUCAAAACUGUGGGUACUGACGAAGCAAAAAUGCAGAAUCUAUCAAACCAGAAGCUUGAGGAUUGGGGCAAAGAAUCGGAAUCUCUGAUGUCUUCCGGUGGCGUUUUCUUCCCUCAUGGAACUCCUCGCGCCAGGUUUCUCCCGAAGUCCGUAGAACCAGCGUAUAAUCAUCUAACCUCGUUCCUAUACCAGUUCAAAUCUAAUAGCGAGAUUCUAUAUAAAGAACGGGUCCGGUUUCUUUUUAAUUUCAACUGUUUCUUUUGCUUGGGCGUUAUAUUUUGUGAAAUAAUCUAUAAGUUUUACGGUUUUCAUUUCGGUUUGUCAAACUUAAGGAAUGGAUGCUUUGCAAGUUAACAAUGGAUUACUUAGUGAACUUGAAUUCAUGGGAUUUUCCGAGAGCCGAGCCAAGAAGGCACUUCAAUCUUCUGGUAAUUCGAGUAUUGAGGCUGCUAUAAAUUGGCUUAUUGAUCAUGAGAAUGACCCAGAUGAUGAUCAGAAAAGCCCGGAUGAUGAUCAGAAAAGGCCAGAUGAUGAUCAGGAUGACCCGGCCGAGGUCCCAGUGAUUAUUGAUAUUGAAGGUCCUUCGAUUUCUGAAGAAGUAGAGUCUAGAGCACAGGGACUAAGGGAUAGAGCGCGCAGUAAAAUGGAAGAGGAAGCGAAAAAGCUAGAAAGAGAAAGGGAAAAGGAAAGAAUUCAAUCCGGUAAGGAGUUGUUAAUGGCAAAGCGACGGGCAGAAGAAACUGAAAGAGAACGCUUUAUAGCACAACGGAAGAAAGACAAAGAGGAAGAAAGAAGGGCAAGAGAUAGAGUUCGACAGAAGUUGCUGCAGGAUAAGGCAGAAAGAAUGGGGAUACAUAGCGCAUCCUUGAUGAACGAAAAGGAGAGACAGAACCCAUUAGUGACCAAGUCUGCUCCCUUGCCUGAUUAUUCUGCUCCGAGGACAGAGCUCAUGAGAGAAUGUCUGAGAUCUCUUAGGCGUCAAUACAAGGAAGAUGAUACCAAGGUGAAAAGGGCAUUUCAAACACUUCUAAUAUAUUGCAGAAAUGUGGUCAAUAAUCCUGAUGAAGAAAAGUUCAGGAAGAUCAGGCUAAGGAAUCCAGCCUUUCAGGCCAGAGUUGGAUUUUGCAGGGAAGGCAUUCAGUUUCUUGAGCUCUGCGGAUUUGAAAGAGUUGGAGGAGAUCAGUUCUUGUUCUUGCCCAGAGAAAAGCUUGACAUGGCUGUGCUGAAGUCUGCUGGGAUUGUAUUGCACUCUGCUAUAACCAAUCCCUUCUUUGGGCUUCUCUCAAAGUAAGUGAAGAUCAAGACUGCCAAGGAUUGCUCAACUUAUCAGACAAAGUGGAAUACAACAUAUAUAGUGCAGAAGAUUGAUAAUUUAGAAUGUAAUGAGGUUUCAAAGUCAUGGAUGGGAUAGCAUGUGGAAGGAAUCCACACCUUACUAAGAUCUCUUCAUAUCUCAAAUGCCAAAUGCUUUAUUCUAGUUGAGA